CAGUAACCAACAUGUCAGGGUGGGAGUCUUAUUACAAAACCGAGGGUGAUGAAGAAGAAGAACAACAAGAGGAGAGUCUUGAAGCAGGUGGAGAAUAUAAAUAUUCAGGAAGAGAUAGUUUGAUUUUUUUGGUUGAUGCCUCCCGGGCCAUGUUUGAAUCUCAGGGUGAAGAAGAAUUGACUCCUUUUGACAUGAGCAUCCAGUGUAUCCUGAGUGUGUAUACCAGUAAAAUCAUAAGCAGCGAUCAAGAUCUCUUGGCAGUGGUAUUCUAUGGUACCGAGAAAGAUAAAAAUUCAGUGAAUUUCAAAAAUAUUUACGUCUUACAGGAGUUGGACAAUCCAGGUGCUAAAAGAGUGCUAGAGCUUGACCGGUUUAAGGGGCCACAGGGAAAAAAACAUUUCCAAGACCUAAUGGGCCAUGGAUCUGACUACUCAUUAAGUGAAGUGCUAUGGGUCUGUGCCAACCUCUUUAGCGAUGUCCAGUUUAAGAUGAGUCAUAAGAGGAUCAUGCUGUUCACUAAUGAAGACAACCCCCACGGCGAUGACAGUGCCAAAGCCAGUCGGGCCAGGACCAAAGCCAGUGAUCUUCGUGACACAGGUAUCUUCCUUGAUUUAAUGCACCUAAAGAAACAUGGGGGCUUUGACAUAUCCAUGUUCUACAGAGAUAUCAUCAGCAUAGCAGAAGAUGAGGACCUUGGGGUUCACUUUGAGGAAUCGAGCAAGCUAGAAGACUUGUUGAGGAAGGUUCGUGCCAAGGAGACCAGGAAGCGAGUGCUCUGCAGGUUAAAGCUUAAGCUCAGCAAAGACAUAGCGCUCACUGUGGGCAUUUAUAACUUGGUCCAGAAGGCUUUCAAGCCUCCUCCUGUGAGGCUCUAUCGGGAAACAAAUGAACCAGUGAAAACCAAGACCAGGACAUUUAAUGUAAAUACAGGCAGUUUGCUUCUGCCUAGCGACACCAAGAGGUCUCAGGUGUAUGGGAAUCGUCAGAUUGUACUAGAGAAAGAGGAAACAGAAGAGCUAAAACGGUUUGAUGAACCAGGUUUGGUUCUCAUUGGUUUCAAGCCCUUGGUAAUGCUGAAGAAGCACCAUCACCUGAGGCCCUCCCUGUUUGUGUACCCUGAGGAGUCCCUGGUAAAUGGAAGCUCAACACUGUUCAUCGCUCUGCUCACCAAGUGUCUGGAGAAGGAGGUCAUAGCAGUGUGUAGAUACACACCCCGCAAGAACAUCACCCCUUAUUUUGUGGCUUUGGUGCCGCAGGAGGAGGAGCUGGAUGAUCAGAAAAUUCAGGUGACUCCUCCAGGCUUCCAGCUUGUCUUCCUACCCUAUGCUGAUGAUAAACGGAGGGUGCCCUUUCCUGAAAAAGUCACGGCAAACCCAGAGCAGAUAGACAAGAUGAAGGCUAUCAUUCAGAAGCUCCGCUUCAAAUACAGAAGUGACAGCUUUGAGAACCCAGUGCUGCAGCAGCACUUCAGGAACCUGGAGGCCUUAGCUUUGGAUUUGAUGGAGCCUGAGCAAGCAAUAGAUCUGACAAUGCCGAGGGUUGAAGCAAUGGAUAAAAGACUGGGCUCCCUGGUAGAUGAGUUUAAGGAACUUGUCUACCCACCAGAUUACAAUCCUGAGAGAAAAGUUGCCAAGCAAAAACAAGGUGAUGAAGAUUCCAGAAGCAAAAGACCCAAGGUGGAGUUAUCUGAAGAGGAGCUGAAGGCCCAUGUCAGCAAGGGCACACUGGGCAAGUUCACUGUGCCCAUGUUGAAGGAGGCCUGCAGGAUGUACGGGCUGAAGGGUGGGAUGAAGAAGCAGGAGCUGCUGGACACACUCACCAGACACUUCCAGAAGGACUGAUCGGAGACCAUACAUCCAGCCACCCAGGCUGCCUGGUUUUGUUCUUCUCAAGUUAAAAAAUGUUUCUCCUGAGCUACGAAGAGACUGCCUGACAGAAGCUGAGGGACUUUUUACAUUUAUGAGACUUUCUGUUGCCAUGGAGACCAUGUAGCUCUCCUGCUUUACUGUGCCUUACUCCACUAUCUGAAUAAAGAGCCCUAACUUAGUGCUGUA